AUGAUGGGUUAUUAUAAACUCACUGUGCAAAGUUCUAUACAAGGUAAUACCAAAAACAUUGUGAAUCGUUUGAAAGAGAUUUUACCCGACCUCAUCGCUUUGAAUCAGUCAGCUUUCAUCAAGGAUCGGCUGCUCAUUGAGAAUUUCCUUCUUGCUACGGAGUUGGUCAAGGAUAUCCACAAAGACACUAUCUCCUCUCGCUGUGCCAUUAAGAUCGACAUAUCCAAAGCUUUUGAUACAGUUCAAUGGGAUUUCUUAUUGAACACGUUGACUGCCAUGAAUCUACGGGAAAAGUUUAUUCACUUUAUCUGUCUCUGUGUGACAACAUCAUCCUUCUCGGUUCAGGUCAAUGGAGAAUUGGCCGGAUUUUUCAGAAGUAAAAGGGGUCUCCGGCAAGGAUACUCUCUCUCACCUUAUCUGUUUUUCAUAUGUAUGAACGUCCUCUCCAAGCUACUGGAUAAAGUGGGCACAAGAAAGAGUGGAUACCAUUCAGCCAAAACGUUGGACUAA